AUGCGUUUCCUCUUCGGGAUCUUGAUGCUCUCUAUAGGCAGUGCAUUAGCAGGUCCUGUAGGCUCCGAUAUGCUAUCCGUUAGAGAUCCACAGACUUCUACUGGGUGUCGAGGGUGCUACCACAAUUGCAAUACAUCCUACCCCCGUGGCAAACCUCGUAAUGAUUGUUAUACGGGAUGCCCACGUCUAUUCCAAGAUUGUUAG